CACCGAGCCCGGUCCCAGAGGGCGAGCAUUUCCGGGCCGCCCACCCUCUCGAUCGCUACAGCAGCCACUGCCCGCGCAGAGCUCAGAGCCCCUCCCGUCCGCCGCGUGGCCGCCGGUCCCCAGUCGCUCCCAGAAAUGCCAGUGGACUUCACGGGGUACUGGAAGAUGCUCAGCAACGAAAAUUUCGAGGAGUACCUGCGCGCUCUGGAUGUCAAUGUGGCCUUGCGCAAAAUCGCCAACUUGCUGAAGCCAGACAAAGAGAUAGAGCAGGACGGUGACCACAUGAUCAUCCGCACCCUGAGCACUUUCAGGAACUACAUCAUGGACUUCCAGCUUGGGAAGGAGUUCGAGGAGGAUCUGACGGGCAUAGAUGACCGCAAGUGCAUGACCACGGUGAGCUGGGAUGGGGACAAGCUCCAGUGCGUGCAGAAGGGCGAGAAGGAGGGCCGCGGCUGGACCCAGUGGAUCGAGGGUGACGAGCUGCACCUGGAAAUGAGAGUACAGGGUGUGGUCUGCAAGCAAGUAUUCAAGAAGGUGCACUGAGGCUCAGACUGAUGACCUUGAUCUCAAGGAAGGAGUCGCAUAGAUCUGGGGCAGGAUCCCCCUCUGCACAGCAUGGGGCAGAAAUGUCCAGCCACACCCAAGCAUCCGUUAGCAGAGUCUAUCUCUUUGUCUUUGAUUCUUUUCCUUUUUCUUACAAUGAAGCCAUCCCAAUAAAAGUGAUCUCUGUUUAGGA